UGUUUUGAUUAGUAAAGUCAAUUUGAUAUUACGAAAAUACAGAUUUUUGCUAAACGAGAACUAACUAAUUAUAUGUCCCUCCCAAAAGAUCGAACAGGUUUCAGGUUUCAGGUUUCAAACUCAUUGGAGGUAGUAUCAAUCAACUUAUCCUAAAUCCAAGAUGCUCUCCUCCAUUUCCACCUUAAUCCUUCUCCUUUUCUCUCUCCUACACAUCAUCUCUCCCACCCAAUCACACCCCACCACGUCAUCAUCCAUCCAACUCCCCUCCAACCCACCAACCAUCUCCGUCACAGACUUCGGCGCCGUCGGAAACAGCCAUCAAUACGACACAACCCCAAUCCAAUCAGCAAUCAACGCGUGUCCAUCACCAAGACCCUGCCACGUGGUAUUCCCAUCACCUGGGACCUACCUAACAAAAACGAUCCACCUCCGAUCCGGCGUCGUUUUGAUCGUUGAAAAAGGUGCGGUAAUUUUAGGGGGAACGAAGUUGGAAGAUUAUCCAAAGGAGUUUGAGAGAUGGUAUGUUGUGUUGGCGGAACAGGUGGUUAAUGUGGGGAUUAGAGGAGGUGGGGAAAUCAACGGUCAAGGAUUGGAGUUUGUCAAGAGAUUUGAUGAGAGGAAGAAUGUCAUGGUCAGUUGGAAUCACACGGGUGCGUGUUUAGGGGAUGAGUGUAGACCGAGGUUAGUUGGGUUUAUUGGGUGUACAAAUGUUACUGUCUCUAAUGUUAAGCUCAACGAGCCUGCCUAUUGGUGCUUGCACAUAGUAGAUUGUGAUAACACUUCCAUUCAUGACAUGUCCAUCUAUGGGAACUUCAACUCGCCAAACAAUGAUGGGAUUGACAUACAAGAUUCUAAUAACACAUUCAUCACCAGAUGCAACAUAGACACAGGCGACGAUGCUAUAUGCCCAAAGACGUACAAUAAACCUCUUUAUAACUUAACUGCUACUGAUUCUUGGAUCAGAACGAAAUCCUCAGCCAUCAAGCUCGGUAGUGCUAGUUCAUUCGAUUUUGUGCAUUUAUUGUUUGAUAACAUAACCAUCUUUGAGUCUCAUAGAGGACUUGGACUUCAAAUUCGUGAUGGAGGGAAUGUCAAAGACAUUACCUUCUCCAACAUAAACAUCAGCACGAGGUACUACGAUCCAUCAUGGUGGGGAAGAGCAGAGCCAAUUUACAUAACAACAUGUCCACGAAACUCAAAUACGAAAGAAGGGUCAAUCUCUGACAUUCAGUUCAUCAACAUCACAUCAGUUUCUGAAAAUGGAGUAUUUUUAUCAGGUUCUAAAGGUGGGAUAAUAAGGGACUUGAAGUUCAGCAAUGUCGAUCUCACUUACAAAAGAUGGACGAGUUAUGAUGGUGGGUUGGUAGAUUACAGGCCUGGAUGUUCAGGGCUUGUUAAGCAUAAUAUGGCAGGAAUCAUCAUGGAAUAUAUAGAUGGUUUCGAAGUGAGAAAUAUGAACAUGAGAUGGUCAGAAGAGAAAUCAGUGGGAUGGGAUAAUCCCUUGGAUUUCAGACCAUCCACUGUCAAUAACAUCUCCUUUGUCAACUUUCAGUCUAGUCUCUAUAAAAAGAAUUCAUUACAAGAUAUUUAAAUUCUGAAAGUUGAGGAGAAAAGUGCAGAAAAUUUGUAUAAAGUUAAUAAUGUUGCUUAUGCUUCUAUUUAAUUUUUACAAAUAGGUUUGUACAAAGCACAAAUCCUGUAUACUAAUGAUUACAGAUAAGGAGGUUUAUCAUGAUUGUGUGAGCCCAUCAUAAUGCAUAUCUUGUAAUAUA